UCAUGUCUGAUACUGAAGAUGUGAUGGAUGAGGCAGUUCAGGAGGAAGGUACUGUAUUACAAAUGGAUGAGUCAAAGUCCAAACCAAAGUAUCUCUCAAAUAUCCAAGCCCCAAAGAUCCCAGAGGGAGAUAAAGUAGAUUUUGAUGAUAUCCAAAAAAAGCGCCAGGAGAAGGAUUUAACAGAACUGCAAUCUCUUAUAGAGGCUCAUUUCCUCCAGAGACAGAAAGAUGAAGAGGAACUCAUUGCUCUGGUCAACAGAAUCGAAAAGAGGCGAGCAGAAAGGGCCGAGCAACAACGAGUAAGAGCUGAGAGAGAGAAAGAGCGUCAAGCCAGACUCGCUGAAGAGAGAGAGAGGAAGGAGCAGGAAGAGCAGAGAAAGAAGCAUGAUGAAGAUGCCAAGAAGAAGAAAGCUCUCACUAACAUGACCCAUCAGUAUGGAGGAAUACAGCAAAAGGGUGAGGGACGCAAAGGUGCCAAGAAACAGACCGAAAGAGAGAAGAAGAAGAAGAUCCUGGCUGACCGUCGCAAACCACUGAACAUUGACCAUCUAAGUGACGACAAACUCAAGGAUAAAGCCACUGAGCUGUGGCAGUCGUUGAUGUCGCUGGAAGCAGAAAAAUACGAUCUGAACGAUAAACUGAAACGGCAGAAAUAUGACAUAAAUCAGCUGCUUUCCCGCGUCAAGGAUCACCAGAGUGCCAAAGGACGCGGCAAAGGCAAGAUGGGAGGAAGACUGAGAUAGACGUCGACUGCAGAAAUGAGAGCAAUUCAUGUCAUCGUGUAUUGAUUUGUUUGUUUGAUGGAGAUACGUUUAAAAUAUUUUUCUGAACGUACAAACAUGCUCUGGCUGUACAUUUGUGCUUCACAGUAUAUUAAUUACUGAAUAAAUAAUAGCAUAAUACUC